AUGGCGUCUAUGGACUCAACCCCUGAAGAACUGGUUCGUGAGGCCAGGGAUAUGCUGACUAAGCGUCUGAAUGUUGGACAGUUACCACGUGACAAGAGGGGUAUAUUUGGCAUGUUUGUGGACUUGAUGUCAGCCCUUAUCGGUUUAUUCCCCUUUCUGGGGCCCAUAAUUUAUAGUAAAAACCCGGAAAUCAUAUUGAAUUCAACGCUCGUAUUCACGGCUCUAUUGGUGGUAAUCAUGGCGUCAGUGGUUAUGGCGUCUGAAGAGCCAACCGUUAUGGAAGUGGUUCGCGAGGCCAGGGAUCUGAUUGCCAACAGUCAGUUGGGACAGGUAUUGCGCGAGAAAAGGGGUCUCAUUGGGUCACUGGUACUAAUACUGGGCCAUUAGGCUGGGAUCAAUGUAGUGCCCGUUUUGGGACAAAUACUAUCGGUUGUGCUAAUUCUGGUCAGAGUCCU